AUGGGAACUGAAUUUAGUAAAACAAAUAUCCCAGAUAGGGAUACUGAUACAAUAAACACCAAAAAUUGUUUGUAUUGUAAUAAACCUUUUGAAGAAUUAUGGUGUAAAAAAUGUAUUAAUUCCUUUGAAAAAUCAACAGAAAAUGGUGAUCAAGAAGCAAUGUUUAAUUUAGCCAACUGUUAUAAGAAUGGAAAAGGGACAGAAAAGAAUUUAAUAAAAGCCCUUCAUUGGUUUGAAAAAGCAGCAGAAAAAGAUCAUAUUGAUGCAAUGUUUAAUUCAGCUGUAUGCUAUAGAAAUGGAGAAGGAACGGAAAAGAAUUUUGAAAAAGCCUUUCAUUGGUAUCAUAAAGCAGCAUAA